AUGUUUCUAUCUCCCUCUUCUCUCUCUCUGUAUAUAUGUAUCUAUCUCCUCCUCUCUCUCUGUAUAUAUGUUUCUAUCUCCCUCCUCUCUCUCUCUCUGUAUAUAUGUUUCUAUCUCCCUCCUCUCUCUCUCUCUCUGUAUAUAUGUUUCUAUCCCUCCUCUCUCUCUCUCUCUCUGUAUAUAUGUUUCUAUCUCCCUCUCUCUCUCUCUCUCUGUAUAUAUGUUUCUAUCUCCCUCCUCUCUCUCUCUCUGUAUAUAUGUUUCUAUCUCCUCCCUCUCUCUCUCUCUGUAUAUAUGUUUCUAUCUCCUCCCUCUCUCUCUCUCUCUGUAUAUAUGUUUCUAUCUCCCUCCUCUCUCUCUCUCUCUGUAUAUAUGUUUCUAUCUCCCCUCCUCUCUCUCUCUCUGUAUAUAUUUUCUAUCUCCCUCCUCUCUCUCUCUCUCUCUGUAUAUAUGUUUUCUAUCUCCCUCCUCUCUCUCUCUCUCUGUAUAUAUGUUUCUAUCUCCCUCCUCUCUCUCUCUCUGUAUAUAUGUUUCUAUCCCCCUCCUCUCUCUCUCUGUCUGUAUAUGUUUCUAUCUCCCUCCUCUCUCUCUCUCUGUAUAUAUGUUUCUAUCUCCCUCCUCUCUCUCUCUGUAUAUAUGUUUCUCUCCCCUCUCUCUCUCUCUGUAUAUAUGUUUCUAUCUCCCUCUCUCUCUCUCUGUAUAUAUGUUUCUAUCUCCCCCUCUCUCUCUCUCUCUGUAUAUGUUUCUAUCUCCCUCCUCUCUCUCUCUCUGUAUAUAUGUUUCUAUCUCCCUCCUCUCUCUCUCUCUCUGUAUAUAUGUUUCUAUCUCCCUCUCUCUCUCUCUCUCUGUAUAUAUGUUUCUAUCUCCCUCCUCUCUCUCUCUCUCUGUAUAUAUGUUUCUAUCUCCUCCUCUCUCUCUCUCUCUGUAUAUAUGUUUCUCUCUCCCCUCCUCUCUCUCUCUCUCUGUAUAUAUGUUUCUAUCUCCCUCCUCUCUCUCUCUCUCUGUAUAUAUGUUUCUAUCUCCCUCCUCUCUCUCUCUCUCUGUAUAUAUGUUUCUAUCUCCCUCCUCUCUCUCUCUCUGUAUAUAUGUUUCUAUCUCCCUCCUCUCUCUCUCUCUGUAUAUAUGUUUCUAUCUCCCUCCUCUCUCUCUCUCUGUAUAUAUGUUUCUAUCUCCCCUCUCUCUCUCUCUCUCUAUAUAUGUUUCUCCUCUCCUCUCUCUCUCUGUAUAUCUGUUUCUAUCUCCCUCUCUCUCUCUCUCUGUAUAUCUGUUUCUAUCUCCUCCUCUCUCUCUCUCUCUCUCUAUAUCUGUUUUCUAUCUCCCCUCUCUCUCUCUCUCUGUAUAUCUGUUUCUAUCUCCCUCCUCUCUCUCUCUCUGUAUAUCUGUUUCUAUCUCCCUCCUCUCUCUCUCUCUCUGUAUAUCUGUUUCUAUCUCCCUCCUCUCUCUCUCUUUCUGUUUCUCUUUGAAUUUUCCUUUUUUCUCUUCCAUUUUCCUUUUUUCUCUUCCAUUUUUCUUUUUAUUGUUUCUCCUUUCCUUUUCUUUUUCUCUUUUUUGCUUUGCUUGACCUUAUUUCCUUCUCCCCUUUUUUUUUUUCUUUUUGUUCCUUUUACAACCAGGGCUUGGAAUUUUUCCCUUCUCCUUUGCAUAACAUCCAAUUCCAAGAAGGAAAAAAACCCCUGA